AUUUUCAAAGACAAGACCUUUGCUGUUAAGGUUCUACCAAAGUCAGAGAUCUUGAAGCACGGAGUGGUGGAGCAGUCGAAAGAAGAAGUCAUCAUUCAGGUAUCAUCAGUUUUGGUAAAAGCGGCAGCUCAAACACCCAUUUAUCCACAAUCUGCAGGACUGCUGGCAGACACAGCGCCAUCUCUUCAUUAGUGAGUCAAUAAGUAUACAAACGAUGCACAGUUCGACCCUCUUCCCUUCUACUAUUCUUCCCUUCUUUAUGUUUCUGAGGAGCUUUUUUCCUCUUGUAGUCUCAUAGUGACAUAAAGUAGACUGUUUGUGAACAUGCAGGCUGACUGACUGCUGCAUCCUCACAAAUCUCAGUACUGGAUACUGAAGAGGUACACUGCCAUCUAAUGAGAGCGUUGGGUAAAGCUCAGUGUGGUGGCUGUACUGCCUGCUUACAGAUUUGAUCAACCGUGAUGAUACAUUUAUGUGUAUUCAGUUCUAAGAACAGUACAAAUGAGCGUCUUAAGUGGUGAGAUUAGUAUUAAAACAGCUCACAGGAGAAUAACAUGACAGAAGCAUUUGUUUGUGACCUGAUUCAACCUUAUUCCAUCCUUCUUUCUUUCCCCAGCAACACUAUUACCAAAUAUAUUUGUUUUUCUCUUCUUUGUGGUUUCCUUAUUUCUGACUUUUUAUUUCAGAACUUGCUGCCCUGCGUUAACUCAGUAUCUGCUUUCAAAGAUAUAAGAAGUAUAUGUGUGUGUGUCUCCUCCGCAGUGUGUGACUACUGCAGUGUUGGAGACUUGUACACUUACUGGUUACUGAAGGGCCAGUUUGGGGAGGAUGAGGUUCAGCUGUUUGCAGCAGAGCUGGGCAGCGCACUGGGAUUCCUACAUGACUUAGGGAUCAUGCAUAGAGAUAUAAAGAUGGAGAACGUUCUUUUAAGUGAUCAAGGUCACCUCCGUUUGUCUGAUUUCGGACUCUCGCGGCGGCUGAAACGAGGAGGAAGAGCGUUCACAAUAUGUGGGACGAUCCAGUACAUGGAGCAACAUCAGAGCCCCACCUGCGUUUUGCUCCCAUUGGAUUCAGUUGACCCAGUUAUGUACAUGAUGCACCUGUACUUUACAUAUUAUUGCUUUUGGUUCUCUCAGCAAGGCUUCUCAGAACAUUUCCCACCUGAAGUUUUAAGUGGGGGUCCAUACAACCACGCUGCUGACUGGUGGUCCCUUGGCAUUAUGUUGUUCUCACUGGUGACAGGAGAGUUUCCAGUACCUGCAGAGCCAGACCACAGUACCAUGUUUCACAAGGUCAAAGUUUUUCCUUAUGUCCUACCUGAGACCUUCAGCUCUGCUCUGCUCUUACUGCUCACGGAGCUUUUGUGCAAGAAUCCAGCAAACCGGCUUCGUAACCUGGAGAGUUUCAAGAUGCAGCCCUUCUUUCGCGGUGCUUCGUUUGACUCUCUCAUCCUUCAAAAGACACCUGUUGACGUCAUCCUCCAGCUCAGGACUCACCCUGAUUGGACCACCAAAGCAAUGAGAGGCCUUUCAUUGGACUACUUUGAUAGCUUCGACUGUAAUCAAAUCCUUAAUUCCCCUACAACUCCCACUGAACUGUCUCCUGGUUUGACCAGCGUGGACCCCAACCCGGCCACAGAGCAGACUGGACUGUGUUUUUGUGCCUGAAUACAGAAGCUGACUGGAAACUAGAAACCCUUCGAUGAUCCAUCACCUCUUGGACUUGUUUAAACGAGCCCUUUUCCUCUGUUGUAGCAGUAUUAACAGAUUUGUCUCCUACUGCGGUCCUGCAGCCAAUGUUCUGCUCCAUUUUUAUUGCUGCCAGUAUAUAAUGAAUAAAUAAUAUAUUUUGUUUAUUUCUUACAAUUUUACAAUGAGACAGCUUACAGGGGUUUAUUCUUACAUUUUGAAAUGAAACUUUGAUUUUGUAAACAUUUUCUACCCCUUGGUGUUAGGUCUAUCUUUGACGCUGUCGCAUGUACUUGUUUGUAUUCAUUAUUUGGAUAUUACCAAAAGUAAUCUGUUAAUGAGCUCUAUUAUGAUAUUUCUGUGCAUCUUCAUUAAAUGUAGUCUUUCAAUCCUUGUA